AUGGCUUCUUCCUCUCCCGAGGAGACAGCUGCCAGACCGCUCAGAGAAGAUGGAGGCAUUCUUUUUGAACAUGAGAGUAUUUACUCUCCAGGCCGGCGGCUCCUUCUCCGGUCACACAAACCGCUUCCUCCCUAUGGCUCUCACCUCUACCCGCUUCCGGAUGGCUGGACUUCUCGCGACAUGAUGAUAUCCGAUGAAGAGAAGGCGUUUUCGCUCAGACGGCUGGUUUUCCACCCGAAUAAUGCGCCCAAGACCAUUGACAAGAACAACCAAGAUGACCAUGCUGCUUCCAUGGAGGUCGAGAUCAUUCGGAUGAUUGGCGGUAGCCCGGGUGAAGGAUACCGUCCUGGCCCCCAAAAGCUUCUUUGCAAAGUUGUCGCUUCGCCAUCGCCCGCCGCGCCAAAUGAGCGAGAGCAUGAGAUCCCCUUUGAGGGACAGCUACUCUUCCUGAAGGUGUUCGAUCCCUUGUUCUGGCACACGAUCAUUGGUAUUCCCAAGCGCCUCACCAAAGUUACAGUCCAGGCCGACUCAGCAUUCAGUGACGAAUUCGGCGCCUAUAACCGCCUCUUUGAAAAGGAGCUCACUGGCUUCCCCCAUGUCGCUCCUCAAUUCUAUGGAGGAUGGACCACAGCAGUCAAGUCUAUCUGUUCAUCGUUCACCGACUGCACCCGAGAUGUUGCGGUGCUCGCAACCGAGUUUAUCGAUGGCACUUCCUUCCACCAUCUCUUUUCGCUCGAUGGCCCCAUUUCCGAGGUGGUUGAGCUACACAAUAGCGCCGGGUCUCGGGGGUCUUUCGCCGCCGACCAAGAUGGCAGAAUGAAGAUCAUCGAACAGCUCUUAGGCGGCACAGUCUCACAAGAAUACACCGGGGUGGAUCACUGUGAAGUUUAUCCAGAGAAUGUGAUCAUCAUCAUGAGAAACAAGGGUGAAUCACUGGAUGAACCUCGAGCCGUGCUCGUUGGGUACGGGCGCGCAUUGGUCGACGACCUGCGGACAAGGCCAGCUAAGAUGUGGGAGUACUACCCGCUGGAGCCCCACCCAAUUCUUCGAUGCGGCUGGCCUAGAUGGAAAUUCUUUGCAGGAUGGAUUCCUGCAGCUUGGGCAAGCCCCCCCGGAAAGGAAGACCAUGUGCCGUUGUUCAACCAAUGGGUGGUUCUGACAUUCGGUCGUCUGGAUGUCAACGAGAAGUAUGCGGCUUUCCCAACCGUCCCGCAAAGUUCUCUGCUCGAGGGACGAGAAAAUUGA